AUGAAGACAGAUACAGAUGUGUUGUUUUCUCGUAAGAGAACUGGAGCGGCAGAUCCUUCAGUCAAUAUUAACAAAGCUGUACUAAUCUGUAACUUAUUCCACUUCUUCUUUGCUGCAAGUAAAGCAUGUCUUCUGCCCUUUCUAACAGUGUUUUUAAGAAGACUUGGAAUGACAGCCACAGAAACUGGUAUAAUUAUUGCCUUUAAAACUAUAACAGGAUUUGUGUGGGCACCACUGUGGGCAAGAUGUGCCAUUUCGUACAAUAAAAGACGCUUUGUGUUGAUGUUUUCUGUGCUUAUGUUUGCUGCCUCUUAUUUAUCUUUGACAGUUGUUUACCAACACACAUCAAAUUAUGAUAUGUGUAACAAUAGUCUUGACUCAUCAAACAGAUUAGUUCUUCCCUCUUAUUUAAAACCAUUGUUCGGUUCAGAUAGUUCCAAAUCCAAUGAUAAAAUUCCUGCAAAUCCUCAAUAUACUUCAGCAAUUCCAGAAAAUACUUCAACAAAUCCAAAACUUGCUUCAGAAUUUCCAGAAUCUACUUCAACAAUUUCAAUGUCAACAAAUGUGCCUUCCACAACUACAAACCUUCCAACCACAGAGCUUCCAACAACUCUUAGCAUGAAAACCACAAUCGGAACAGUCAUUCCACCAAUCAAUGAGCCUUCUACUCCAAGCCAGGAUCAGCUUUUACAAGUUGCUCAAGAGGAAGAAUCUCAAGCUCAGGUUAAGCAAGAAUCUCAAACUCAAGCUAAUCAUCGUGUAAAGAGAAGCAUCAAAUCUUCAUGGGAUGAUGCCAUGAAACGCAGUGAGAGUCUAUGGACUAAUAUGGAUAGUGAAAAGAUUCAACUGUUCCUUUUAGUAUUAUUAGUGAUUAUUAUCGGGGAAUUAUUGAGUUGUGCUAUUGAAAAGGUUGCUGAUGAUUCAUGGUUUGAUUUUCUGGAUCGAAUUGAUGAUUUGGAGAAAUAUGGAAAACAACGCUUAGGUGGGAACUUUGCCUUUGUUUUUUUUCCUAUAGGCAUAUCUUUAUUAGUGCAUUAUACAGACUGCAUGCUUCCACUGUAUAUUAACCAUUUCCUUCUACACUUCUAUAUGUUUGGUGGAUUCUUAGCUAUCACAUUUGUUGUAGCCUUCUUCUAUCCUAUACCACCUCCUCAGAAACAAGAAUUCAAUUCAAAGGUUGUGCAAGGAUUGAAGAUUAUAUGUUGUGAUUGUCAAGCAUUCUUAUACAUCUUAACUCUAUUAAUAAUGGGUUUGGUGUAUUCAUCUUAUCAUAACUUUCUAUUCUGGGUGAUUGAAGACCUUGGAGGAGGAGAACUCAAUAUGGGUAUGUGUGUCAGUAUUGGUGCCUUUGCAGAAAUUCCCAUGUUGAUGAUCAGUCAGAAGAUGGUCAAGAAAAUGGGAAAUGCUGGUGUUGUGUCCUUAGCUCUAUUUUUUCUGUCUAUGCGUGUGUUGUAUUACUCCUUCCUGCCCACACCUUGGGCUGUUAUGCCUGCUGAACUUUUACAUGCCUUUACACAUACUGCUAUGUGGUUUGCUGUGCUUAGUUAUGAUGACUUUAAUGUGGGUGCUAUGAUAGAUCGGAGCAUUAGAUCCAUAUUAUCUUCUAUAUAUUUUGGUGUUGGGUUCACCCUUGGAUGCCUUAUUUCUGGACUAAUUUAUGACAUAUUUGGGUAUGCUAUUCUGUAUCAAGCAGCAAGUGUAUUGGUUGGUAUAUGGUUUAUUAUAUUCUCUAUUAUUUCCAAAUGUAUACCAAAGAAGGAAAGGAUACGGUAUGUAAAAUUGUUACAUGCUGGUGAUACAGAUGAAUCUGAUUCUGUCGAGGAUGAUUGGUUAGAAAUGGCUUUGAAGGAUAACUGA